AUGACACAAAUCAUCUGGUUGAGCUUUCUGCUUUGUAUUGUUUUGGCUGAGAAUGGAACUAUCUCUCUACUAAAUCUCGACAUCGAUGACAUUACAUGGGAUGACUGUAGCAAUGGGUACUUCUCAACUAGUUUCAACAUCCUUGAUAAUAGCAAUUUGGAGUCGAUCCUAGGUUCAAGCAUUGAUGUUCAUAAAAGAGAUCCAGAAAAUACUGGUAGAGAAUUACCAGGAUCAUCUGCUAGGAAUUUGGAGAUUAGCAUUUCAUCUGAUUUUUCGCACUUCGAUUUCACUGAUUUGUGGAAAAGUGAGCAUAGAAGCAAUGAGGAUUCGAAAAUCGAAACCGUCCCAAUUACAACAGGAAACUCUCAGUUGCAAGAAUUGCCGAGAACAGAUGGUGAGAAUAUGCAUAGCAGCAUUUCAUCCGACCCUCUACACUUCGUAGAUCUCAGUCAUUUCCGCGAAAUUAACGAUGCAAGUACUAAGGAAUUUGAAAACAUAACUGAUCUCGUUACUGCGAAAAAUUCAGAGUUAUUUGUUUUGCAAAGCGCUUCCAUUACAGAUAAGAAAAAUUAUGAGUGUCCCCAUGUCGGAUGUACUAUGAAAACAAAAAGUCACCAGGAAUACAUGGCUCAUAGGAGAAUGCAUCCCAAACCUUUUAUUUAUGAAUGCAAAGUGUCCGGUUGUGGACGAACAUUCACUCAUCAGUCAACACUCGUCAAUCACCAAAAAACACACGGGCCUAAACUUAAGUGCGAAAAUUGUGGCAAAAAUUUCAAUUCCAAGUAUAAACUAAGCGCUCACAGGAAGCGUUGUGCGAAUGUUCCAUUUAAGGAAAAUUACGAGUGUCCCCAUGUCGGAUGUACUAUGAAAACGAAGAAUUACAAUGAAUACGUAGCUCACAAGAAAACGCACCCCAAACCUUUUAUUUAUGAAUGCAAAGUGCCCGGUUGUGGGCGAACAUUCAAUCAUCCAUCAACAUUCUACAAUCAUCAGAAAACACAUGGACCAAAAUUUCAGUGCGGAAGCUGUGGUAAAGUUUUCAAGUGCAAGAGUAAUCUGUUCUUUCACAAGAAGCAUUGCGCGAAAGCUGCAUGUUAG